GGAGGUCAGCCCCGCCCCUUCCUCUUUCCCUCCGAGAAGGCAGCGGAGGCUCACUGUACAGUCAUGGCCAAGAUUAAGGCUCGAGACCUUCGCGGCAAGAAGAAGGAGGAGCUGCUGAAACAGCUGGAGGACCUGAAAGUGGAGCUGUCCCAGCUACGCGUGGCUAAAGUAACAGGCGGCGCGGCUUCCAAACUCUCCAAGAUCCGAGUUGUUCGCAAAUCCAUCGCCCGUGUACUCACCGUCAUUAACCAGACUCAGAAAGAGAACCUCAGGAAAUUCUAUAAGGGCAAGAAGUACAAGCCCCUGGAUCUGCGGCCCAAGAAAACGCGUGCCAUGCGCCGCCGGCUCAACAAACACGAAGAGAACCUGAAGACCAAGAAGCAGCAGCGGAAGGAGCGGUUGUACCCGCUCCGGAAGUACGCGGUCAAGGCCUGAGCAUCCAGGUGUCAAUAAAACAAACAAACUGGC